UCAGAUGGUGUUGGGACAUCCUAGACAGUGUUUCUACCCUACUUUGUGUUCUUUCAUUCCUAUCAACCAAGCUUGUUUAAUUUGCUUCAGUAUCUGAGGAAGGACUCACAACUGGAAAAUAUAUGAAAGAGUUGUUAAACCUACAGAUCCUUCUGACUUUAGAAUUAGUUGUUAUAUUACCAGGAAAAAAUAAAUGCAGAUGUUGGACCAUGUCAAAAAUCUUGUCAAGAGAGUGGAUUGUUUCACACAGAGCGGAGAUGUGGCUUCUGAUUCUGGUGGUGUAUUUGUUUCAAAGAAAUGUGAAUUCAGCACGAAUGCCAACUAAAGAUGUGGAUCCAGAAGCAUUCAUGAAUAUUAGUGAAAUCAUCCAACAUCAAGGCUAUCCCUGUGAGGAGUAUGAAGUCACAACAGAAGAUGGGUAUAUCCUUUCUGUUAACAGAAUUCCUCAAGGCCUAGUGAAGCCUAAAAAGACAGGUCCCAAGCCUGUGGUGUUACUGCAGCAUGGCUUGCUUGGAGAUGCUAGCAACUGGAUUUCCAACCUGCCCAACAACAGCUUGGGCUUCAUUCUAGCAGAUGCUGGUUUUGACGUGUGGCUGGGGAACAGCAGAGGAAACACCUGGUCUCGGAAACACAAGACCCUCUCCAUAGACCAAGAUGAGUUCUGGGCUUUCAGGUACAUGAAAAUCUUGAGAGUGGAGGUGGCCAUGGAUGUCUUUGGAAGAACUGGUUAUGAUGAGAUGGCUAGGUUUGACCUUCCUGCAGUCAUAAACUUUAUUUUGCAGAAAACGGGCCAGAAAAAGAUUUAUUAUGUCGGCUAUUCACAGGGCACCACCAUGGGCUUUAUUGCAUUUUCCACUAUGCCAGAACUGGCUGGGAAAAUCAAAAUGUAUUUUGCUUUGGCACCUAUAGCCACUGUUAAACACUCAAAAGGCCCUGGUGCCAAAUUUUUGCUGCUGCCAGAUAUGAUGAUCAAGGGCUUGUUCGGCAAGAAAGAAUUUCCGUACCAGACCAGAUUUCUCAGACAGGUUUUUAUUUACCUUUGUGGCCAGGUGAUUAUUGAUCAGAUUUGUGGCAAUAUCAUACUUCUUCUGGGAGGAUUUAACACAAACAAUAUGAACAUGAGCCGAGCAAAUGUGUAUGUUGCUCAUACUCCUGCUGGAACAUCAGUGCAAAAUAUCCUACACUGGAGCCAGGUACUGAAUUCUGGGGAACUCCGGGCAUUUGACUGGGGGAGCGAGACCAAAAAUCUGGAGAAAGGCAAUCAGCCAACUCCUAUAAGGUACAAAGUUAGAGAUGUGAUGGUCCCUACAGCAAUGUGGACUGGGGGUCAGGACUGGCUUUCAAAUCCAGAAGACACAAAAGCACUGCUCUCCGAGGUGACCAACCUCAUUUACCAUAAGAACAUUCCUGAAUGGGCUCAUGCAGAUUUCAUCUGGGGUUUGGAUGCUGCUCAUCGUAUGUACAAUGAAAUCAUACAACUGAUGAAGCAUGAAGAGACCAACUUUUCCCAGGGGAUGUGCAGGGCCAGAUUAUGAGGCAUCUGACGUUGACAAGUCUUAGGAGAAACCUCAUGGAAAAUGGGGCUGGGGUCCAGGAAUGGGAGAUUUUGAGGAUUUUUAGAAUUGGAAACCGACCACAUCAAUAGAAGGGAAAUGGAGAAGGGAGGACAGAGAUAGAGUAGACAUUCCUUCAGAGUUCCUGCAUUUGGCACUAAAACUGACAUUUAAAUUUUUUUUCAGUUAAUUAAACUACGCAUUGGGUGAACAUAAGUUUCAAUGUGCUAUUAUAUAUUCUAUCAUUUUGAAAGGUAGGUUUUACCUGAUAGCUAGAAAUUAUCUGGGCAUUCUCUCUGUCAUUCAGGUAAACCUCCCUAAAACAUUUAUUUUUUUUCUAUAAGCCAUAUUUUUUGAGCAAUAAAGUAAAAUGACAAAUUCGGACAGAGGUCUUGAAUCUCUGAAUUGUUGUUAACUUUGCCAAAAUAAGCUAGACAUUUUCACCUUAUUGCCAUAGAGACAAUACCUCCUCAAGAAGUCGAGCUGCUUUACCCAAAAAAAAAAAAAUCAAUAUUCAGUAUGGAUGAAAUAUAUUUUAAGCAUCUUCAGAACUGGCCUAAGUGUCAUAGUUUUAUAGUUGAGUCUCAGAGACGAUAUUUUUGUAGGAUUUUUAUGAGUUUUCCAAUAAAUGCAUAAAGCAUGUAUGUGUAUUUCAGCACCACGAUUGUAGUCCAAGCUUGUUUGAGAGUUUACGGGCUGUUGCCAGGAAACCUAACAGCUAGAAACAUCUGGCCCAGUUUUCUGCCUUCAAAAGCUGAAAGCUAGAAAGAAAAUUUUAUAAUGUCAUGAGCAUAAUAAAAUAAAUCAUUGUGUAUGUUGUCCUUUGA